GCCUGCUGACUGCUGCUUUGAGUUUCACUUUCUUUUUUCUUGAACCGGAAGAUACCGGUCUCAGCAGAACCUUUCAGUCUCCAAACUGGCUGCUGGAUACGGGAAACAGAGCACCUACCACUACAUGUAAGCUCCCUCCAACUCUUAAAACACAGAUACAGAACAAUGGCAGUGGUAACCAGAUUGACAUGGAGUCAGCAGAAGAGUCUGGAGAAGAUGCUUGGAAACGUGUCCUUGAGACUUCUUUAUAAGUCUAGUGUCCAUGAGAGUGACAUUUGUAGAAUGAAUGAAAAGUGCACUCGUCAGGGACCUACUGUAACAAUAAUUUAUGUUGGUAACUUUGUUUUGGGGGUCUUUAUGCUUGGGGAUCAUCCUGAAGAGCAUAACAAUUUAAAAAGGCCCAACCCCUCCUUCUAUUUUUCAUUUCAAAAGAAUGAUAUAACUGCAAUGAUAACUGCAGUUUUAGAAACAGAAACAAAAAUUAAUUCUGGACAAAUGGUAUGUUAUUCUUCUGGCCAAGAGGUGUUUUCUGUACAUCCAGGCGAAAGCAGCUUUUCUGUGGAUGAUUCAUUAAAGAAGACUUUAGGCAUAUAUUUUCGUUCUGGCAGCAAGUAUUCGGAAUGUGAAGUUUUUCACGUUGACGGAAUUGGGGAUGAUAAAAACUACAUAAGCAAGAUAACAGGAGCCACCAAGCACAGAAAUUCACUUCUAGUCGAACUUGGAACCUACAAGCCCUGUGUAGACUUUGUUUCAGAAAUUCGUAUUCUCUUGCUGGGUCCAGUUGGGUCUGGAAAGUCUAGUUUUAUCAAUUCAGUGAAGUCUGUUUUCCAAGGCCGUCUGACUCGCCAAGCCAGAGUGGGGUCUGAUGUCACCAGCAUUACUGAACAGUAUAGGAUAUAUCCUAUUAAAGAUAGGAGACAUGGCAAAUACCUGCCAUUUAGGUUGUGUGACUCCAUGGGCCUACAUGAGAAAGAAGGAGUUGGAUUGUGCAUGGAAGACAUACCCUACAUCUUAAAAGGCUGCAUGCCAGACAGAUAUCAGUUGAACCCCAGUAGACCAAUUACACCCAGUCAUCCUAACUUCAUGGCCUCUCCGUCACUGAAGGACAGGAUUCACUGCGUGGCUUAUGUCCUAGAUAUCAACUCUAUCAAUGAUCUCUCCUCUAAGAUGGUGACAAAGUUCCAACAAAUUCAGAAAGAAGUCUUGAGCUAUGAUACAGCCUGUGUACUCUUGCUUACUAAAGCAACUAAUUGCGGUGAAUUUCUUCAAGGAAAUUUUUCAAACAUGGAUAAACCUAUGACUUUCCAGAGUCAGAUAAUGGAUGCCAGCAAAAUGUUAAAUAUUCCUAUUUAUAAUACAUUCGUGGUUGAAAAUUACACAUCAGAGUGGGAGCUGGACCCUGUAAAGGACACUCAGAUCCUCUUUGUGCUGAGGCAGAUGUUACGGGUAGCAGAGGACUUCUUUGAGGACUUGCCUUGAGGAAACAGAAGGGAAGACUGGAAGAGAAUGAAAUGCUGGAGAGAAGAAAUGGACAUGAAGGAGGGAGAAUGUUUUACUUAUCUUUGGCUGAAGAUAUGAAUUUAAGCUAAUUAAAAAGAACAGAUAUUUCUUAAGGACUUAACAUGUUAUUUCUGUAAAAAAAAAAAGUUUUCAUUAAUCAAUUUCAAAAUAUCCUGCCAUGUCUCCCAAGUAGAGUGAUCAAAUAAGGUUACUAGUGCAAGUCAAGAAGAAGUUUAUCUGGGGCGACUGGGUGGCUCAGUGGGUUAAAGCCUCUGCCUUUGGCUCGGGUCAUGAUCUUCUCUGCUCAGCGGGAAGCCUGCUUCCUUGUUUCUCUGCCUGCCUCUCUGCCUACUUGUGAUCUCUGGCUGUCAAAAAAAAAAAAAAAAGGUUAUCUUAUACACAUGAAGAAGGUUAUCUUCUACACAUGCCCCCAAAAGGUUUUAAAUUCCUCUGGGUAGCUGUAGAAAUUAGCACUAUUAGUAAAGAAAAAAAAAAAAAGAUUUUCAGAAGAUAAGUUUUAGGUUUUCCACUUAAACCCUAACUCUCUUUUCCAAAUUUCUUAGUAUUUUUCAAAUGAAUAUGCUUUGGCUCAAUAGUUAUGUUUAAUAGUUAUACUAUUAUCUUUUAAUAGUUUUUUUAGUUUAAUACUUUUAUCUUUUAAUAGUUAUUAAAGCCAUCUAAUGUGCUUUUAGUCAGAAUUAUUGUCUUCUUUGGGAAACUAGGAAUACUAGAGAUUUUGUGUGGUGGGUGGGUGGGGUGGGCUGUGGCAUUAAAAAGUGACUGUUUUGAACUUAAGUGUGUCUAUUGGCAGAGGAAUGGAGAAAGAAAAUUUGGUAUGCUGGGGCAUCUGGGAUCAGCCACUAAGUGUCUGCCUUUGGCUCAGGUCAUGAUCCCAGGGUCCUGGGACUGAGCCCUGCAUUGGACUCCUUGCUCAGUGGGAAGCCUGCUUCUCCCUUUCCCACUUCCCCUGCUUAUGUUCUCUCUCUCUCGCUGUUUGCUGUAUCUCUCUGUCAAAUAAAUAAAUAAAAUCAUAAAAAAAAAGAAAAGAAUUUAGUAUAUGUAUACACACACACACACACACACACACACACACACACAUACACACACACCCUGGAAUAUUAUUCAGCCAUAAAAAAGAAGGAAAUUUUGCUAUUUGAGACCAUAAUCUCACAUAUAUGUGAAAUCCUGGAAAGCCUAACUCAUAGAAACAGAGUAGAAUGGUGGUUGCCAGGGGCUGAGGAAUGAGGGAAUGGGGUGAUGUUGUUUGAAGGGUAAAAAUACCCAGUUACAAGAUGAAAAUGUUCUGGGAAUUUAAUGUAUAACAUGGUGACUGUGACUAAUAGUGCAGUAUUAUGUACUUGAAAAUUGCUAGGAUAGUAGACCCUAAAUGUUCUCAUCACAUAUACAAAAAAGGUAAUUAUCUGAGGUAAUGGAUGAUGGAUGUUAACUAACCUUAUGGUGGCAACUAUUUCAUAAUAUAUACAUGUAUCAAAUCAUUGCAUUAAAUAACUUACCUAAUUUUA